AUGCCAAACGCAUCGCGCAAACAGAGGAAGAAGUUCACUCAUCCUCGAAGAAUUGAAGUCACAGAUGAAGAUGGCUGGACUCAUGUGUCAAACACUCACUCGGUACCAAGAUCGUCGACGAGCACGACAAGGAAGAUUAUGACAGACGGCGCAGCCGAUGAUGAGGAUAUACCCGACAGCAAUGAUAAAUCUACGAUGACAAGGCUGCAAUUAGCACCAUCAGAGCCACCGCGAAAACUAAACCUGGCCGAACUCCGGAAACAAUUCACCGCCCACCUUGAAACGUGGGAGUCAUCGCAGACAUGGCAACACCUUAAGAAUGCAUUACAUAAAGAUCUUCUAUCGAGUCAAGGUCAGCUCGGAAUUGAAAAUAUAGUUUGCAUCGGUCUCGGAUCGCCGAGUGGUUUUGUGCAAGGCGGAUGGGUUGAUCGGAGGAGUGUGGCAAUGUAUCAGCUUGCAGCUUUGACGACGAUAAUUGACUGUGUCAAACAUCGUGCUGCUGCUAUUCCUACGCAGCAGGAGUCAACGGACCUGAAAAUCAUAGCCCAGGACCCAGUUUUCAAUACCCUCGACAUUGAGCUCCUCGCUUUACUCGGCAUCACAGCCGUGGAAUCGCCAGAAGGCUUCAACGCCGUUUCCAACAAGACAUUCCUAUUUGGGCCGGGAGCUGAAAGGAGGCAUCUGAGGCUGAUGUUACCGUCCAAUCCGGUCGUGGUGUUUGGAGGCCCGUUCGAAGAGGGGCCUUCGUUGACGGCAAGGGGGUUUAAUGAUGAUGAGGACAUCAAUGAAAAAGAUGAUGGGUCGAAGUUCUUGGCGGAUUUUGUGGCUCAAACGCGGUCCGUCAAAAUACAAGAGUUUGAGGCGAGGUCGGAAGCAUUUUGGCGGAUGAGGAUUUAUUGGCGAGAAGAAAAGUGA